GGCGUUUCAAAAGCUCGGUUGGACUGCUCUGGAAUGAUCAAUUAUCAUCUCCAUCUAACUAGCGAGUGGGCAUCGCUUUAACCCCCAACUACACACAGCUUGAGUACCUUUGGGGAAGUCCACCCCCUGAGUGGCCGUCAUGGGGGACGAUAGUGAGUGGAUGAAACUUCCCAUUGACCAGAAAUGUGAACACAAGUUGUGGAAAGCCCGCUUAAAUGGCUAUGAAGAUGCUCUCAAGUUGUUUCAGAGGAUUGAGGAUGAGAAAAGCCCAGAAUGGGGGAAGUACCUGGGGCUGAUAAAGAAGUUUGUCACCGACUCGAAUGCUGUGGCUCAGCUGAAAGGCCUGGAAACUGCUCUGGCUUUCAUUGAGAAUGCACACAUAGCUGGCAAGACGACGGGUGAAGUUGUGUCGGGCGUGGUGACAAAGGUGUUUAACCAGCCCAAGGCACGAGCUAAGGAGCUGGGCACAGACAUCUGUCUGAUGUACAUAGAAAUAGAGAAGGCUGAGGUGGUUCAGGAUGAGCUGCUCAAAGGACUGGACAACAAGAAUCCCAAGAUAGUGGUGGCCUGCAUCGAGACCCUCAGGAAGGCUCUCAGUGAGUUUGGAUCGAAGAUAGUGACGUUGAAGCCGGUGGUAAAGGUUUUGCCCAAGCAGUUUGAGUCCAGAGAAAAGGCCGUGAGAGAGGAAGCCAAGUUGUUGGCUAUAGAGAUCUACAAAUGGAUCAGAGAUGCACUGAGAGCCCCACUACAGAGCAUUAACUCUGUACAGUUAAAGGAGUUGGAGGAGGAGUGGGUGAAGUUGCCUUCUUCGCCUCCCAAACAGACCAGGUUCCUCCGUUCCCAGCAGGAUCUGAAGGCCAAGUUUGAACAGCAACAGGCCCAAGGAGGGGACCAGGAUGAUGGUGAGGAGGAUGAGGAACCUGCUGCAGCAGUGGAUCCCUAUGAACUGUUAGAGGCAGUGGAGGUCCUCUCCAAGAUGCCAAAAGACUUCUAUGAGAAAAUAGAAGCUAAAAAAUGGCAGGAGAGGAAAGAAGCUCUGGAGGCAAUCGAGACUUUGACCAAAAACCCCAAACUAGAGAAUGGAGAUUAUGGAGAUCUGGUUAGAGCACUGAAGAAGGUGGUGGGGAAAGAUGCCAACGUGAUGCUGGUGACCUUGGCUGCCAAAUGCCUGGCUGGACUCGCUAGCGGCCUAAGGAAGAAAUUUGGAACAUACGCAGGGCAUGUGGUGCCGACCAUUCUUGAGAAGUUCAAAGAGAAGAAACCCCAGGUUGUACAGGCCCUUCAAGAAGCCAUAGAUGCAGUCUUCCUCACUACCACUAUUCAGAACCUGGCGGAGGAUAUCUUGGCUGUGAUGGACAAUAAGAAUCCAUCCAUCAAACAGCAGGCCUCUCUGUUCUUGGCAAGGGCCUUCAGACACUGUACCCAGUCUACUUUGCCCAAAAGCGUCCUCAAACCCUUCUGUGCUGCCUUCCUUAAGCAAGUGAAUGACUCUGCACCCGAAGUGCGAGAUGCUGCCUUUGAAGCUUUAGGGACAGCCAUGAAGGUGGUGGGGGAGAAAGCAGUUAACCUGUUCCUAUCAGACCUGGAUAAAAUCAAACUAGAUAAGAUUAAGGAGUGUGCUGAAAAAGUAGAGCUCCCUGGAGGGAAGAGAGGAGGUGGAGGGGGAGGAGAGAAGAAAGCAGCAGUGAAAGCCCCUCCCCCUGCUGAAGCUCCAUCCAGGUCCUCUGGACCCCCCAAGAAGACUACUUCUGCUGCUGCCUCUAAGCCAUCAGCAGGUCCACCUAAGAAAGGCAAAUCAGCUGCUGCCCCUGCAGGUAAAGGCAAGAAGACACCUGAUGGUAAAGAAAUCUUAGAGGCUGAACUGGCGGCUGAAGUUUGUGAAGAGAGGGCUGCAGUGGUCCUUCCUGCUUCCUGUCUACAGCAACUGGGCUCCGCCAACUGGAAAGAGAGACUGGCUAGCAUGGAAGAGUUCCAGAGGGCUGUCGAGACCAUGGAUAAGUCAGAAAUGCCCUGUCAGGCCCUCGUCAAAAUGCUGGCCAAGAAACCAGGCUGGAAGGAGACCAAUUUCCAGGUGAUGCAGCUGAAACUUCAUAUCGUAGCUCUGAUAGCCGAGAGAGGAAAGUUUUCGAAGACCUCAGCCUUGGUGGUAUUGGACGGACUGGUGGAUAAGGUGGGAGACGUGAAAUGUGGAGGAAAUGCUAAAGAGGGUCUCACUGCUAUAGGAGAGGUGUGCUCACUGCCAUGGACUGCUGAACAGGUGGUUUCGAUGGCCUUUGCCCAGAAGAACCCUAAGAACCAGGCAGAAGCUCUCAACUGGCUGGCCAAUGCCAUGAAAGAGUUUGGUUUUGCAGGUAUCAACGUUAAAGGUUUCAUUAAUAAUGUGAAGACUGCUCUGGGAGCCACUAAUCCCGCUGUGCGGACAGCUGCCAUUACCCUCCUGGGAGUCAUGUAUCUCUAUAUGGGAGCUCCAUUACGAAUGUUCUUUGAAGAUGGGAAACCUGCCCUCCUUGCACAGAUCGAUGCAGAGUUUGAAAAGAUGCAGGGGCAGUCUCCUCCUGCCCCAAUUCGAGGCAACAAAAAGGCAACGGGUGAUGAGGAGGAAGAUUAUGGGGAGGAGCCGGAUGAGGAUGGGGGAGGAGGACAUGACGUUAUGGAUCUCCUACCUAGAACAGACAUCAGUGAUAAGAUCACAUCUGACCUGGUGUCUAAAAUUGAGGAUAAGAACUGGAAGAUCCGCAAGGAGGGUUUGGAUGAAGUUGCAGCCAUAAUCUCAGAUGCCAAAUUCAUCACAACUAACCUAGGAGAACUGCCUCUAGCACUGAAAGGAAGACUGAACGACUCCAAUAAGAUACUGGUGCAGCAGACCCUAACCAUUCUCCAGCAGCUAGCAACUUCCAUGGGACCUGGGCUGAAACAGCAUGUUAAACCCCUAGGAAUUCCUAUUAUCACUGUACUGGGAGACAGCAAGCCCAAUGUGAGGGCAGCUGCCCUGUCAACAUUACAGGCAUGGACGGAGCAGACUGGGAUGAAAGAGUGGCUAGAGGGAGAAGACUUGUCAGAGGAACUGAAGAGAGAGAAUCCUUUCCUACGACAAGAGUUGCUAAGCUGGUUAGCAGAGAAGCUUCCCACACUGAGGACAGUACCAGGAGACUUGAUGUUGUGUAUCCCCAACCUCUAUGCUUGUCUGGAGGAUAGAAAUGGAGAUGUCAGGAAGAAAGCCCAAGAUGCCCUGCCCACUUUUAUGAUGCACUUGGGCUUCGACAAGAUGAACAAGGCCACUGGAAAGCUCAAGUCUUCCUCUAAGGACCAGGUGAUAGCCUUGUUGGAAAAAGCCCGGGCAGUGAUGCCAGCUAAACCUGCGGCACCUGUUAAGGCAGUGAAAGGAAAGGGAACUGGAGGGAAGGCUGCUCCAGGGUCUAAGUCUCAGCCAAACAGCGAAGACUACAGUGCCGGAGAAACCAAACCUGAAGUCAAGAAAAAAGGAGGAGUGGCUGUUAAGAGGCCCCCCUCCCCUCCCGAGGACCCCGCUCCACCUCCCCCCUCCAUGGAGAAGGACAGAGACAGUAAUGCUAGCAAAAAGGCCUCUGCCAAAGGGAAGGCUGCUGCUGGCAGUCAACAGGGCCCAGCAGGUAAGAAGCCUCCAACCAAAGGUGUCAAGGACGAUGAGGAUAGGUCUGGACCCAUCUUUAUUUCAAUCCCCAAUGCCAAGGAACAGAGGAUCAAAGAAGAGAAACAGUUGAAGAGUUUGAAAUGGAAUUUCAUGACUCCUCGGGAUGAAUAUGUGGAGCAGCUUAAGUCCCAGAUGUCGGGCUGCUUUGUCAGGUGGCUUCUGGAUGAGCUUUUCCACUUUGACUUCCAGAGACAUGUCAAGGCUAUAGGAGUCAUGAUAGAGAGAUUGGAGGAUGAGAGUGAGGCUACCAUAAGUUGUUUGGACCUCAUUCUGAAGUGGUUCACCCUGAGGUUUUUUGACACCAACACCACCGUACUUAUGAAAGUCCUGGAGUACCUGAAGCUGCUGUUUUCCAUGCUUAGUAGAGAGAAUUACCAUCUGAAUGAGUUCGAGGCCAACUCCUUCAUCCCAUACCUUAUACUCAAGGUAGGGGAGUCUAAGGAUGUGGUUCGGAAAGAUGUUCGGACCAUACUAAACAUGCUGUGUAAAGUCUACCCAGCAUCCAAGGUCUUCCCUUUCCUCAUGGAUGGAACCAAGUCCAAGAACUCUAAACAAAGAGCUGAAUGUCUAGAGGAGUUAGGCUGUUUGAUUGAGGGCUAUGGAAUGAAUGUGUGUCAGCCGACUCCUGCCAAGGCUCUGAAGGAGAUUGCCAUACAUAUUGGAGACAGAGACACAUCUGUACGCAACGCAGCCCUCAACACCGUGGUGGCUGUUUACAACGUUUGUGGUGACCAAGUCUACAAACUCAUAGGAAAUUUAUCUGAGAAAGACAUGAGCAUGCUGGAGGAGAGGAUUAAGCGUUCAGCUAAAAAGACCCCUGCUGCCCCGGCUAAGCAGAGUGUAACAGAGAGAUCCCAGAGAGAACAUCCAACUAACCCCAACGCCACCUUCCUCCGCAAGCCUCCUGCCCAGGAGGACCCCAAUAAACUCAAUCAAGCUCGUCAGAAUGCCCAGCACAGUGAGUCAUCCCAUCCGAGCAUCCCCAAGGAGUUUCAGUUGGACCUUGACAUGAUCGAGACAGAUCAGAGCAGAGUUGGUGAGCUGCCUGACUUGGUCCAACACAAACUGGAUGAACUGCUUGAGCCCAUCAUGAUCCCAGAGCCCAAGAUGCGUUCUGUGUCUCCACACUUUGAUGAGCUCCACAACAGCACAGCAUCCACCAUCAACUUUGUCAUCUCCCAGGUGGCCAGCAGUGACAUUAACACCAGCAUACAAGCUCUGGCACAGAUAGAUGAGGUGCUACGGCAGGAGGACAAAGCAGAGGUCAUGUCAGGUCACAUAGACCAAUUCCUCAUCGCUACCUUCAUGCAGCUAAGACUCAUCUAUAACACUCACAUGGCUGACGACAGACUGGACAAGAGGGACAUCUUCAAACUCUACAGCUGUAUUAUAGGAAAUAUGCUGUCUCUGUUCUCAAUGGAGUCCCUUGCCAGAGAGGCAUCUAUGGGGGUGUUGAAAGACCUGAUGCAUGGCCUAAUAACUCUCAUGUUGGAUGGAAGAGUGGAGGACAUAGAAGACGGGCAACAGCUCAUCAGAUCAGUCAACCUGCUGGUAGUCAGAGUGCUGGGGAAAUCUGACCAAACCAACAUACUCAGUGCCCUGCUGGUGUUACUUCAAGACAGUUUAAUUACGACAGCCGGUUCUCCCAUGUUCUCUGAACUUGUCAUGAAGUGUCUGUGGAGGAUGAUCCGGUUUCUUCCAGAAACCAUUAACAGUAUCAAUCUGGAUCGGAUCUUGUUGGAUGUCCAUAAUUUCAUGAAGGUUUUUCCCAAAGAGAAACUCAAACAACUCAAAAGUGAUGUACCACAUCGGACGCUUAAAACUCUGGUGCACACACUCUGCAAGCUCACUGGAGCAAAGAUCCUGGACCAUUUAUCAAUGAUAGAGAAUCGUAAUGAGUCUGAGUUGGAAGCCCAUCUCAGGCGGGUGGUCAAACAUUCUGGAAAUCUGUCUGGACUCAAGAUUGACAGAGGAAAUGAGAAGACUGGCCUGCGCACAGAGGAUCGGAUGUCAAAGGCCAAAGUAAGUGACAUCCUUUCAGAGAUAUUCAAGAAGAUUGGAUCCAAGGAGAACACGAAAGAGGGACUGACAGAGCUAUAUGAGUAUAAACAGAAGUACUCUGACGCUGACUUGGAGCCCUUCCUGAGAAACACGUCACAGUUCUUCCAAAGCUACGUGGAGCGAGGGCUUCGCAUGAUCGAGUCUGAGAGAGAGGGCAAAGGACGCAUCCAAACCUCAGCAGUCAUCCCCCAGCAUGGUGUGGACUUGGGUCAUCUUAACAGCAGUAAUGGAGAGGAGCUGAAACCAGCCGUGUACUAUGAGAGACUCAAAAUCCUCCGACAGAGACAGGGUCUGGAAAAUAAUUCCAGGCUACAGCAGGGUGGAGGAGGUGAUGAGGAGCUGCAACAGCGAGCUCCCAUCUCCUCCCUGCUUUCGUCCAAGCCAGCAGUGGCAUCUUCCACAGACAUGCUCCACAGUAAGCUGUCACAGCUUAAAGAGUCCAGGGAGCUGUACCAACAGGAGCUCAACACUCACAGCCACUCCCCGACACACGCACACACGCGCUCAGCCUCGCCCUCGGCCAACCUGGACGACCUGAAGAAACGUUUGGAGAGGAUAAAGAGCAACAGGCAGUAGAAAUGGGAGGAGUCCUGACAACACGUUGAAUCCCACUACCCCCAAGCCUCCCCUGCAACUCAGUUUCCAACUCAGCUAGAGGUUGAACCACCAGGCUUGCUUCUAGCCUGUAUUCAAAUUUAUGGUCAGGUAGCAGUAAACGGUUAACCCCGUAUUUCACAUUUCCACAGUAGUAUCUUCUAGAAACAAAACCCAAAUCGAAACCCAACUCCCUAAUGCCACGCACUGUGCCUGUGUUUAUGUAAAGCAGUCAUCAGAAAAUAAAAAGUAUCCCAAGCUGACCUGUUCACAGUUUAACAUAAUCAGAGUGAACUGUAAGUCAUUGUGUUUGAAUGGGUCUGGACGCAACCCCCAUUGUAUAAACACGGGCCUGGGAUCAAAGGCUUCAUAUACAAAAUGUCAAACCUAGUAAGUGUUUUUAGCUUUUAUUCAGACUGAAGAUAGCAGAUUGAAAGUUAAUUUGUUUUGACACAAGUGAAAGUAUCCUAACUCUAAGGCAUAGACUUCACUUGCUUUUUUUUUUUUAAUCUUAAACGCUUUUCUUAAAAUUGGUACGUAAACUUAAUGUUGAAAUGUUUUCAAAUCUAACUCAUCCUGUUAUCAGAUCACAAUUGGAUUGCAUCGCAUUGUCCUUCGCUUAACAAACAAGACUAGUAAGAAUUGAAUUCUGAAUCCAAAUGUAAAAUCUGCACAAAUUGGCAUCGUCAUUGUGUCAGACGGAGAUGUUUAAACUACAGAAGUUUGUGGUCUGCCAGCUCUAGAGAGUUUUCCAGUUAUCUUGGUGGCGACAGUGAAACAAACCAAUCUACAUUACAUUCCAAGCACUGGAAUAGUCAUCGUGCCUAUCAUAUCUUCCACUACCCCCCCCCCUCCCUGGCCUGCUCCAUCAGGGAGAAUCCUCCCAUGCGUCUCCAACACUCCUGUGUGAACUUUCAGUCAAAAGAAAACAAGAACAUUUGUCUCACUGUAUUAUAGGGAGAAAAUAAGUGGACUAUCUUUUUCGGCUGUUUAGUAUUGUGGCACAAAAUGUUUGUAUAUACUUAAAGGUUGCUAACCACUGAAUAACAGAAAAAUACUUUUGAAAGGCUGCAGGAUAAAAAAAAAAAGAAAAAGAAUUUUAACUCUUCGGCACAGGUCUUAUUUUCUUGCGGGUAACUUAACUAAGGAUGGAACUGCAUAUGAUCUGAUAUGCCCCAUUUUAGGCAACCAUACGAAGGUCAGACAUGUUUUGUGAAGAGUUAAAAUCACGUGUUGUGUACCUGUGUAGUAUGCAGCCAUUGUAGUGUCCCUGCCAUUGUAGGGCUUAGAUUAAAACAUGACUCCACCUUGUGGCUGAACACUGUACAAACACGUCUCCGGCCAUCGUUCUCUGCUUGUCAUUCACUUUUAGAUCCAGUUUUCACAGCUCACCUUUUUCUAGAGCAUUUAAAUCACCUGGUGUUGCCAGCUUAGUGAUCUAGUUUCUUGGAACAUCUGUAGUUCUCAGUGAUUUACCGAAUUAUGGCUUUUCCUCUCUUAAUCAUAAAGCUGUCUGAAGCAAGCCGGUCAUCUUUCCUACAUGUUGAAAUUGCGUUUAGCAGUACUUAGGUUUAUGUUGUUGCCAUCGGGGAAAGACAGGUUAAACAUGGUUGCAUUUACACAGUAAGAGCACGCCUUUAUUAUUAUUUCCCUGUUGUUUAGAACUGAUCUUCUGGCUAUCUAAAUAGGUGUUAAUUCAGAUUGCAUGUUAUUAUCUCCCCGUUUAGACAGAAGAUUAGAUCGGGCAGACGCGUAUCGUGAUCAGGCUCACCUACAGAGUUCUCUGGUUGAAAGAUUACCCCCCCCCCAACAACAAUAACAACAAACUAAUCAGCAUCAGAUCUAGAAAUGUACAGUUCAAGGAUUUUGUCAGUUUUUGUUCUCUACUUUCCUCCUUUUGGCGUCCUAAAUGCCCCCACCCCACCCCUGAAUGGCCAUAGUCACAGCACCUCAUCUCCCCCUUUCAGAGAGCAAAAAAAUCCAUUUCUCCUCAUUCCCCUUCUCCUUGGAGAACUGAGCAAGCCAUUUCUUGAAGGUGUUGGCUCCCAAGAGGAGUAGGUCAUUUGGUGAGGUGGUGGUAUGAAGUGUAGAAGCAGGAUGUCUUGGCUGUAUAUGCGUAACGAUGCCCUCCAUUACGUCGCCGCAUCACAUGUGACAUGUCCGUCGUUGCACAGCGCAGCCGGGAUGGAGUCACCGGUUUAACUCGGGUACCGGCCGCAGGCCGGGACGGUGGCGCUACCAUGGCUGUCACUGCCAUCUCCAAACUUUAUGUAUGGCUCUUUAUCUGACUGAAGGAAUUUUACUACUUUAUGUUUUUAAGGUCGAAGAGCAUGGCAUGAUGUGAUUGUUUGUUUUUAUGUAAAUAAAGUUUGCGUUACUAAAAAAAAGCUGCUUAAUUAUUAAAGUAAUUGUUUUUCUGAUGAAGGUGAUGAUGGCUAUGUCAGCCAUCUGUUCUGUAGCCGAUUGUUGAUGGGGGGGAGGGCAUUGUUUUGUAUUUAAUUCAAAUGCCAGUAGUCUUACAUUGUUGCUCUCUAGUUUUUCGUGUAUAAUCCAUAGUUGGAAAUGGCAAUAAAGUGUUUUGUUUUUUUAACAA